AUGCAUCAGCCCCAGGUCAUCCCGGGUGCCACCGCUUAUUCGGAUUUUCGGAGUCAAGCGCUUGCAUCCCAGAUUGGAGCGGCGAACGUUCAGGGACAGUAUCAACACUAUGUCGACCUCCACAAAGAUCUUGGGGAGGAUGAGAAAGACCUGCUCGUGCGAUUGCUGACGGACGGCCAUGCUCAAAUCCCACAGGACACCUCCGGAGAUGUGCAAGUAUUUCACGUACUGCCCCGACCUGGUACCAUUUCGCCAUGGAGCUCAAAGGCGACCAACAUCGCCCACGUCUGCGGCCUCAAGUCGACCGUGAAGAGAUUAGAACGAGGCACCAAGAUCACCGUCAGUCUGAAAGAUGGCAAGCGGGUUGAUCCGUCGCUUCUCGAUUUUCUGCACGACCGCAUGACAGAGGUCAUCUCUGAGUCUGAACCAGAUCUGGCACUGACCUUUGCCCAGCAGUCACCUGGAAAAUUGGGUGUCUAUGACCUCGACAAUGGCGAACGCCCCCCCGUCGAGGUACUUAAGCAGCUAAACUCCGAUCUCGGCUUGGCUUUGGAUGCUUCGGAGAUCCAGUAUCUGGUGGAUGCCUACGCCAAAGAUGGGCCUGUGGGCAGGGCUCCCACGGAUGUUGAGCUAUUCAUGUUUGCUCAGGUCAAUUCAGAGCACUGCAGACACAAAAUCUUUAAUGCCACCUGGACUAUCGACGGCGAGUAUAAGCCCAACACGCUCUUUGGCAUGAUCCGAAAUACCCACAGGAAGAAUCCUGACUCAACCAUAAGCGCCUACAGCGACAAUGCAGCUGUGCUCAAGGGCUUUUCUGGCAGUCAGUGGAAUCCUGAUGAUUCGUCCCAACAAUGGAAGCCAACCAAGGAGACCGUCCAUUUCCUGGCCAAGGUCGAGACUCAUAACCAUCCCACCGCCGUCUCUCCAUUUCCUGGUGCUGCAACUGGAUCUGGCGGUGAGAUUCGCGAUGAGGGUGCUGUAGGUAGGGGCUCAAAGCCGAAAGCAGGAUUGGCUGGCUUCACCGUGUCGGACCUAUUGAUUCCCAAUCACAAACAACCCUGGGAACUAGAGUACGGUAAGCCGAACCACAUUGCCAGCAGUCUCGACAUAAUGCUACAUGCCCCGAUCGGUAGUGCCGCCUUUAACAACGAAUUUGGGCGUCCGUGCACAGCUGGGUACUUCCGAACUUUGCUCACAGAAGUCAAUUCCGAAGUCCGUGGCUACCACAAACCCAUCAUGAUCGCUGGUGGUGUCGGUACCGUACGCCCUCAGCAUGCCCUGAAAGACCCAACCAUCGUGAAACCAGGCUCUCACCUCAUCGUUAUGGGAGGUCCCGCCAUGCUCAUUGGCUUGGGCGGUGGUGCAGCAUCCAGUGUCACCUCCGGCGAGGGAUCUGCUGCACUGGAUUUUGCCAGUGUGCAACGUGGCAAUCCUGAGAUGCAGAGACGAGCACAGGAAGUAAUUAAUGCUUGCUCCGCUCUCGGCUCCAGCAACCCAAUCUUGUUUAUCCACGAUGUUGGAGCCGGCGGCCUGUCCAACGCACUGCCGGAGCUAGUGCAUGAUUCUGGGUUAGGUGCGACAUUUGAGCUACGCGAGGUUGACAAUGCUGAUGAAUCAAUGAGCCCACUUCAAAUCUGGUGUUGCGAAGCUCAGGAACGAUAUGUGCUGGCAGUCGCCGAUGAAGGCUUGAACAAGUUCAGGUCCAUCGCCGACAGAGAACGGUGCCGGUACUCAAUUGUGGGUCAGGCUAAAGGUAUCGCCAACUCCCCGGAAAAUCGCCUCGUUUUGCGCGACCGAGAUAAUGAGCGCAAAAAUGCACAGCCGCCUAUCGAUCUACCGAUGUCGGUGCUUUUUGGCAAACCGCCGAAAAUGAGCCGCACGGACAACGCGGCAAGGAAGCAGUUGCCUGUGUUCGAUCAAAGUCUGAAGCUAUAUGUGCCCGACCAAGAAGAUAAAAUACUCAUCAAUGAGGCCGUCCAACGCGUACUUCAGAUCCCCGCAGUUGGCUCUAAAUCGUUCCUGAUCACAAUCGGUGAUCGUACGGUUGGCGGCUUGACAGCGAGGGACCAGAUGGUGGGACCUUGGCAAGUCCCAGUUGCAGAUGUCUCUGUCACAGCUACCUCUCUCACCACCGGUAUGAAAACUGGUGAGGCCAUGGCUAUGGGUGAGAAGCCUACCCUGGCCCUUAUCUCUGCAGCUGCGUCGGCUCGCAUGGCGGUCGCUGAGUCACUGAUGAAUUUGACGGCGGCAGAUCUGCCCGAUCGGUUGCGCCAGGUCAAACUUUCUGCGAAUUGGAUGUCUGCUGCAAGUGUGCCCGGCGAGGGUGCUGCGAUAUACCAAGCAGUUGAGGCCAUCGGGAUGGAGUUAUGUCCAGACCUCGGCAUUGCUAUCCCCGUCGGCAAGGACUCCAUGUCGAUGAAGAUGAAGUGGCAAGAUCAACAGACAAAAGAGGCAAAGGAAGUCACAGCUCCAUUGUCGGUCAUCAUCUCUGCAUUCGCGCCGGUGAUCGACAUCCGCAAGACCUGGACCCCUCAGCUACGUCGAUACUCAGAAGUUGGCGAGACCUCGCUCUUUUUCGUGGACCUUGCUCUGGGCCAUCGUGCACUUGGCGGAUCAGUCCUGGCCCAGGCGUUCAAGCAAGUCGGAGACGAAGCUCCUGAUGUUCGCUCUGUGCAACUUUUCAAGGACUUUUUCGAUGCGACCCAGCAGCUUCACGAACAAGAUCUGGUCUUGGCUUACCAUGACCGGUCAGAUGGUGGGUUAUUCACCACACUUGCCGAGAUGGCCUUUGCGGGUCGGUGUGGCAUCGAGAUCAUGAUCAAUGAUAUCUGCCCGACCCCAUACCUUGAAGAUGUAAUUCCGACUCUCUUCAACGAAGAACUCGGCGCCGUCUUCCAAGUUCGCAAAUCUGAUGAGCAGCGCUUCAAGGCUUGCUUCGCUACCUGCGGACCGCCACCCGGUCUCAUUCACAAGAUUGGUCGCGUCUCUACGAAAGACACCUCACAGAACCUGGCAAUUUACCAUGGUGGUAAGCUCGUCUAUCGGGCCCCACGCUCAAACCUGCAAGAAAUCUGGUCCAACACCUCUUACUGGAUGCAGCGCAUGCGUGAUAACCCAUCAUGCGCUGAUUCAGAGUAUGCAGGCGUCGCGAACGAUUCCGACCCCGGCCUAUCCUACAACCUCACUUUCUCCCCGAAAGAAAACAUCAACACCUACAAAGCCUCGGCUCUUUCCCUCAUUCGCCCCUCCGCGCGACCUCGUGUGGCCAUACUUCGCGACCAAGGCACCAAUGGCCACGCGGAGAUGGCGUUCGCCUUUGACGCCGCCGGAUUCACUGCCAUUGACGUUCACAUGUCGGACCUGCUGUCACCUCAACCAAACAAAACGCAUCUCGGCGCUAAUGUCGAUCUCUCCAGUUUCUCCGGCCUGGCACUCUGUGGCGGCUUCUCCUUUGGUGACUGCCUCGGCGCAGGUCAAGGCUGGGCGAAGAGCAUUCUUUUCCACCCCACAACACGCGCCAAAUUCACAAGCUUCUUUAAGCGGCCCGACACCUUCACCCUCGGUGUGUGCAAUGGCUGUCAGGUGCUCAGCAAGUUGAAAGAUCUGAUCCCUGGCGCGGAGAAGUGGCCCAGCUUCGAGCGUAACGAGAGUGAGCAGUACGAGGCCCGCUUUGCCAUGGUCAAGGUAUCAGACCCUCCGGCCAGCACGGGCAUGAAACCCAGCGUCUUCUUCCACGGCAUGGACGGCUCAUCAUUCCCGAUCCCCGUUGCGCACGGCGAGGGCAGAGCGAGUUUCGUGCCAGCAGACGGAUCACUGUCGGUGGACGAGAGGCAGAUGAAUGCCGCGCAAGCCAAUGACUUCUGCGCCGAGCAUCUUGCGCCGAUCCGCUACGUCGACAACAAGAGCUUGUCGCCCACGACCGUCUACCCACUCAAUCCCAACGGCAGCCCCGAGGGCAUCGCAGGUGUGCGCAGUACGGAUGGGCGCGUGUUGGCCAUGAUGCCGCAUCCGGAGCGCGUCGUGCUCGGUGGCGUUGGCAGCUGGAUGCCGGACGAGGAUACCAAGGAGUGGGGCGACUACAACCCCUGGAUCAGGCUGUUCCAGAGCGCGAGGAGGUGGGUUGGUUGA